AUGUUGGUGGACGAGAGCAAGUUCGACGUGCAGUUGAAGCUGUGGGCCCUUCGAAUACCCUGCCAAUUUUGCAAGGCUGCCACUCGAAUCCUCAACGGUUAUUUGCUUGACAAGCCUCGUGUUAAACCCAUCGCCGAGGACCCAACUUGUGAAAAAAACCGUUACCUUAUACUUUCCGAUAAAGUUCAGAAUCAAGAUUUAUCCGAUAUCCCAAAGCAAAAGCUUGAUGAGCUUAAGGACUUGUGUGAGAUUGAAGUUUUGCCCUAUUCGUUGACAUUAGGUUAUUCAUACUGGAGUGCAGAUCAAGUGCUGAAGCAAAUACUGCCUAAUGGAGUGGAAGUACCUUCAUCUUUUGAAACAAUAGGUCACAUUGCUCACUUAAACCUACACGAUGAAUUACUUCCCUUCAAGGAUGUUAUUGCGAAGGUUAUUUAUGAUAAAAAUUAUCCAAGAAUCAAAACUAUUGCUAAUAAAGUUGGAAACAUUACAAAUGAAUUUCGUGUUCCAGAAUUUGAAAUUUUAGCAGGAGAGCAUGAUAUGAUUACAGAAGUGAAGCAAUAUGGCGCCACUUUUAGGCUUGAUUACAGUCUGGUUUAUUGGAAUUCCAGAUUGGAACAUGAACACAAGAGGUUAGUUUCAAUGUUCCAAGCUGGAGAAAUCAUUUGUGACAUGUUUGCUGGUAUAGGUCCUUUUGCCAUUCCUGCCGCACAAAAAGGAUGCUUAGUCUAUGCAAAUGAUUUGAAUCCAAAUAGCAUCCACUAUCUGAAGAUUAAUGCCAAAAUCAACAAGGUUGAUGAUCACAUAUCUUCAUACAACAUGGAUGCUAGAAAGUUCAUAUCCCAGCUGAUGGAAGUGCCAAAUUCUGAGCAUAAAAUGGAAAAUGAUGUUCCCGUUUCUGUUACAUGUCACACAUGCAAGGUACAAGACAAUACUGAAUCAAAUUCAGAAAAUGAGUUGCUAAGAGUUGAUACAAAAGACCUAGGAAACUGCUCUAACACUAACACUAAUACUACUUUAGAGGAUAUUCAAGGUCCAGCAGGGCAUACUGCUAAGUCUGCAAUAGGUGUCAAAAGAUCUUGCAGUAGUUCUGAUGAAGCGAAUGGAAAGGCUCAUGGCACUGACAUCCUUGAAGGUGGUGGCAAAAAAGGAAGUGCAAACAAGAGAAGAAGAGGGUUUGAUAUCUCUGUCCCCAAAACUUGGGAACAUUUUGACCACGUAAUAAUGAAUCUACCAGCAUCUGCUGUUCAGUUUUUAGAUGCAUUCAGGGGAUUGAUCCAGAGGAAAUAUUGGAAAGGACAUCUACCAUGGAUCCACUGCUAUUGCUUCAUUAGGGCAACUGAAACUCCUGAAUCUAUAAUAGCUGUAGCAGAAUCUGCUUUAAAUGCUUCUAUACUAGAUUCAAGGUUUCAUAGGGUUAGGGAUGUUGCUCCAAACAAGGCAAUGUUUUGUUUAAGCUUCAGGUUGCCAGAAGCAUGCCUUUGUGAAGAUAGUCAGUGA